CCGCCAUACGCUGGGACGCGCCUUCCGGCUUGAGGUCCACCUCCACUGGUGAGGUCCACGGAUAGACCGCCUGGAGUUCCCGGAAGUAGCCCGGUUGCCAGCUUCCGGUGCUGUAGGGAGAAAUGGCGGUGGUCACCUUGAUCCCGACGCUGGCGCGGGUACUGUCAAAACACAGCCUGCUGUCUCCUUUGUUCAGCGUGACAUCAUUCAGACGAUUCUACAGAGGUGACAGCCCAAUAGAUUCUCAAAAAGACAUGAUUGAAAUUCCUUUGCCUCCAUGGCAGGAGAGAACUGAUGAAUCCAUAGAAACCAAAAGAGCCCGCCUACUCUAUGAGAGCAGGAAGAGGGGGAUGCUGGAGAACUGUAUUCUCCUUAGCCUCUUUGCUAAAGAAUAUCUGCACAACAUGACAGAGAAGCAGCUGAACCUCUAUGAUCGCCUAAUUAACGAGCCUAGCAAUGACUGGGAUAUUUACUACUGGGCCACAGGUAUGCCAUGUGAAGCAAAACCAGCCCCAGAAAUAUUUGAAAAUGAAGUCCUGGAACUGCUGAGAGAGUUCGCGAAAAACAGAAACAAAGAGCAGAGACUGCGUGCCCCAGAUCUGGAAUAUCUCUUUGAAAAGCCUUGGUAGACUGUGUGCCACUGUCCGUCAUGGUGGUUAGUAUAUGGACAGAAACUGCUUCUGGUACAGACUUUGGCUUCCUGCUUUUCCUUAGGCCCUUGAACCUCUACCAGGACAGACAUGUAAUAUGAAGAUGAUACACUCAUUCUAACCUGCACUUGUCUGUACAGCACUGGUCGACCCCUUCUCCGGCUGCUAUGUGCUGUGGUGCAGGUCUGCCACAAGAGGGCACUGUAGGGGAAGCAAUUCAGCUGCCUCAGCCCCAGCAGUACAAAAGAUGCAGCUGCUAUAUGAAGAGCCACCCACCCCACCCCACCCCACCCCACACCCAGUGCCCUGGCCUUUGUUAAGGUAAAACUGCCUUCUUCCAACCUGGUGUAGUUUUUUCUGCCAGAGAGAGCCAGUCCAAGCCCCUGAGCUGAGCCUGUCAAAGGCAUAGCAAGCUGAAUGAGGCACACCAAUGGUGUGAGCACGCUGCUUAAGUCAACAUCCUCAUCAGAUUUUCUUCACAACACACACUUUGUAAACCGAAAGGUAAUUGAAUAUUGAAGGAUAUCAAGACAAGGAAAUUGAAAGUUUUCUAACCCUUACAAUAAUUAUCUUCAUUUGGUCUGUUCUGUGCAACCAUAGUAAUGCUUAUAAUGGGGUUUUACAAACUUACAGGGUUUCUGACCUUGUGGCACUGUGGCAAACUUUUCCUCUCAUUUCUACAGCCUUUAAAAUUAUUUUAGUUGACCAAAUAAUGAUGACACUUAAGAAAUAACAUGUUAACUGGGUGUCAUGGGUCAUGCCUGUAAUCCUAGCCCUUGGGGUCUGAGGUAGAAGUAUCACCAAGAGUUUGAAGCCAGCCUGGGCUAUAAAGUGAGUUUGAGGCCAGCCUGGACCACACUGUUAGAAUGAAGUAGCUGGGAGGCCUGUGCAUUGCUGAAGGUGUUCUCUCUUUAGGAGCUCUGCUCUCAGCUGAGGAGAGGCAGUUAUUGGCCAAGAAGUGAAAGUCAUGGCUGGAGAAAAGCAGGCCAGAACUGAUAAACAUGAGCUUGGUAACGAUAAGAGCUGUAGGCAAAGAGGAACAAAAGAGUUCCCUGGCCAGAGGAGGAAGUGGGGAAACCAGCCUUCAGUUACCUCUCAGCACUCCCACGGACAGGUGGCAUUAGGCCUGUUUAUAGACGAGAGAGUUGCCAUGGAAGGAGUGAGUAAUACAUUCUUUAUCAAAAGCCAGAAUUUGGGGCUGGAGAGAUAGCUCAGUGGUUAAGAGCACUGGCUGGCUGCUCCUCCAGGGGACCCAGGCUUACUUCUUAGCACCUACAUAGUGGCUCAUAACUGUCUGUAACUCCAGUUCCAAAGGAGCCAAUGCCCUCUUCUGGUCUCUGGGCACUGCAUGCACAUGCUAUAUGGACAUACGUGCAGGCAAAAUGCAUAGAAUAAAGUAUGGGUUGGAGAGAUGGCUCAGCAGUUAAGAACACUGGCUACUCUUCCAGAGGACCUGGAUUCAAUUUCCAGCACUCAAAAGGCAGCUCACAACUGUCUAUAACUCCAGUCCCAGGGGAAUCUGACACCAUCACACAGACAAAAUGACAAAGCACCUUAAAAUAAAUAAAUCGGGGCUGGAGAGAUGGCUCAGUGGUUAAGAGCACUGGCUGCUCUUCCAGACGACCUGAGUUCAAUUCCCAGCACCUACAUGGUGGCUCACAAUGAUUUAUAAUGCAAUCUGGUGCCCUCUUCUGGCAUGCAGGCAGAACACUGUAUACAUAAUAAAUAAAUAAAUCUUUAAAAAGUAAAUAAAAAAGAAAAAGAAAAACUAGAAUUUAU